AUGGCCCCAUCUGCAGGCGAGAGAUUGGAGGGCUCCUCCCUUCUUGUCUGAUAAAAGCUGGCAGAAGCUGAGACAGGACUGAGCUUUGGCUGAGCCUGUGCCAGAGAGAGGAAGAAAUAAAUCCCAAGCGGAAAAAACGCAGUGGAGAAGCAGCCAGUGGAAGAAAACCAUCUGGAGGAACCCCGAAACAGCACCAGCGACAGCAAGGAAAACACCAAGAAGAUUUGCUGAGGAAAACACAUGGAAAAGAAGCAACCUGUUUGUUUUCAACUGUCACAGCAUGGUUUAUUCAGUCAUUUUGGGGCUUUAUUACUCAUGCCCUUGUUUGCAUGCAAAACCCCACACUGACUUCCAGAGGAUGAAUUUGAAGCCAUCUGGUGCCAGCUCAUAUCUCCCCCAUACACAUUUUCUCCAAGUCAGGAAGAGAGAACUCUGAGGGUGCAAUGGCUUUCUUCCUCAAACCACGGGCAUGCACAUGGGACCUUGCCCUGGACUACCACACCGCCAAACAGUUUGAAGUGGAUGUAACCCUGGAUCCAGCCACAGUGGGUCCAGAGGUGAUCCUCUCUGAGAACCUCAAAGAAGCCACCUGGGGUAGACCUCGAUGCCAGUGGCCUGCGGGUCCAGGCCGGUUCGACACAGACCCAUGCAUGCUGGGCAGUGAGGGCUUCACCUCGGGCCGUCACUACUGGGAGGUGGAGGCCAAUGGGCGCUUCUGGGCUGUGGGAGUGGCCCGUGAGUCAGUUCAGAGGAAAGGCCGGGUCCUCUUCAAGCCCAACACUGAAAUUUGGGGCUUGCAGAAGUAUGAUGACCUCUGUGUUGCCCUCACAGCUCCAUCCAACACCUCUGUCCCAAUCCUUAAUGGGGAGAUUGGGGUCUACCUGGACUACGAGGUGGGACAGGUCUCUUUCUACGCUGUCAGCAGCCGCCAACGCAUCUUCACUUUUCCUGUGGCCUCCUUCAGUGGGGAGAGGGUCUUCCCCUACUUUUGCGUGCUCCUCUCAACCAUUAAACUGUCCCCCAAGGGCUGAUGCCCUGAAAGGAUCCUCCCAAAGGCUGGUUGCAUCACAGUGGUUGGAAAUGCUGGUUGAUGCUCCUCAACUCUUAUUUUCCAAGUCUUGGAGUAAUUUCUAACUCAGUUCAUGGUCCUUCCUUCAUUUUAGAUGUCUCUGUUUUGGGUUAUGCCCAGAGGGUUUUGGGUCUAAGCUCAGCAUGGCUCUUCUCAAGUUGUUAAAUUCAUGCAAAGCUUGUUAACAGGAGCUUGACUUCCCUGAGCUUGUUUUGAGCUAAAAACUUUUUUUUUUUUUCCCUCCCAAAUACAGCUUCCUCUGGAGGUCACUUUUGCUGACCUCAGUGCCUAUGACUGGCUGGCCAUCCAGCACAAAUUAAAAAUCUUGAUUUUUGCAGACUUUGUAUUAAUACCAGCAGCUAUUCCUCAUAUUAAAACUGAAUUUCGUUAUCACAAGGAUAUGCUCACAUCCACUGCCCCCACUCUUUUCGUCUGCUGUUCCCCAUGCUUGAGAUGUAUUUCCAAGUACUUAGCAUGUAAAUAUGUUCAGGAUAGAAUAAAUUUCUUUUUCUCCAA